AUGCCCCUCUUCAAGAGGAAGUCGCCGUCGAAUCCAACCUCGUCUCGCUAUUUGGCUCGUUCCGACGAACAGCUGGUUCGCCCCGCGUUUACUCCACCGGACCUCGUCCAGCAACAACAACAACAACAACAACACCACCACCACCACCAUCACCUUCAUUUCCACCGGCAUCACCCCAACUCCAGCCGGAGCAAUCUCGACGACUUCACCGACCGGACGGGAUACCGCGCUGACGGCCAAACCGCAGCCUCUCCCACUCCCAACUCGGCCACCCGCGCGUCGCCAACGCUGCAACAACACUCGUCCCAACCGGAACCAACCCAAUCCUCCUUGCACCGCUCGCAAAGCCAGCGUCAGCCCCACCUACAACAACCACAACCACUACCACCACCACGAAAUCCCCAGCGACAAUCGAACCCACCGCCACAACAGGACCGACCGACCGUCAGUCUGGUCAGCCCUGAGGACCCGCAGCCCCGUCGCUCACGACGAGGCCUUUUCGUUCGACCCUCCUCUGGGCUGCUCGAGCGCCGCGUCUCCGUUAAGGGCAAGGCCAUCUCCCAUCCUACCUCGCAACCCAACUCACCCCAACGACCACACGUCCUUAGCGGUGCCCCCGAAGAGGACACCUAUAACCAACAGUAUUAUUCCGAGAACCAAUCGCCCAUAACUGCUCCUCACACUCCCCACGCUUUUGAGCCACGCUCGACAUCGCUGGCCUACCACCAGCAACAUCAGCAUCAACAACACCCGCACCCGCAACCGCAACCGCAACCGCAACCGCAGCAGCAGCAGCAGCAGCAGCAACCACAACAACUACCACAACAACUACAACUACCACAACCACAACAACCACCGGCUCAGCAGCACCAGCCGCCUACUUCAAGACCAUCACCGCUCGAAUCUACUGAUCCCGACGCCGGCUCGCUCGAUCAACACAGUAGCCGCCCAUCGCCUACCGACACCGUUCCCGACUCCCCCCGCUAUUCGUCGGAUCAACAAGGUCACAACCGGGGCCCAUCCCAGUCGCGUAUUCAGCAGGAUCUGGUAUUCCAUUCCCGGCCCCCCUCACGGCAGACUUACGAGCCACUUUCCCCCGUCCGUUCGCACACUCAUCCUGACGCCAUGCAGCAGGCCUCCUCGCAGGCGCCUCCAGGUCCACCCACGAUAAACGACCGGCCUCCGGGCGAUUCACGACGCGGCAGCACCACCGCACCACAGGCCAUGCCGGAAACCACUCGGGGAGGCACCCCGACCGGCAAUCGAACACGCGAGGAGGACAUUGAUGUACGAGCAUUGCUCCAGAAGCAUGAAGAACUACAAUCCAAGUAUUCCAAGGUGAAGCGCUACUACUUUGACAAAGAAGCCCAGGUACAACAUCUCCAGAAUACGGUGGCCCACCAACGCAUGGCCGUGUCUCGCACAGUGCUUGAUGAUAACGAAUACGCGAACCGCUUCCAGCGACUGGAUGGUGCCAUCAAGGACCUGUCGUUCUCUGUGCGCAAGGACUGGCGUGGCAUUCCGCCCUGGCUCCACGGCCUCGUGUCAGAUGAUGCAACCAUGGUGGGUAUGAAGGAGAUGACGUCGGUGGGACGAGCGGUGGUGAGUCGGUGGUUGGUGGAAGAGGUCUUCCAGAGACACUUUCACCCUGGGCUAGACCCGGCCCUGAGCGUCCAGCUGAAGAGCAUUGAGAUGAAUCUCCGCCGGCAACAGACACGGCCAUCGACGGAGGAGGACCGGGACAAUGCUCUCGUGCGGCUUUCAAACUGGCGGCGCACUACCUUUGAUGGGUUGGGCGACACCCUCUCCACCCCCGAGGCUCAAGAGCACCGUGCCGAAUUGAUCGAGCAUCUGACGGCUGAACUGGCCUCAUUCCUCAGCAGCCAGCUCCACGAUCAUGCGCUACCCGGCCUGGAAGCCGGUGUGCGAAUGAUUAUUGAGAACUCCAUCAACAUCGCCGAGAAGAUCCCGCUGGAGGCGCGUGACGUCUGUGUAGAGUACUUCCCACCCAAUGUACCCUUCCUUGAAGGAUACAUGAAAGUGGAGGGCCAGCUACCCCCACUCGCGCAACACCCUCCGCCCCCGAGCGAUCAGGAACCCGAUGAUCCUCCCGCCGCUGAGAGUGACUCCUCGCCUGCCUCUAACUCAACUGGUACCGGUGACGUUGGCUCUCCACCACAAAACAAGCCCCCGAAGAAGUCGAUGUUCGGCGCGCUGAUUGGCCGCCGACCUGGCGGCCCUGAGGGCGCUCGGCCCGGUCCAGGCCCUAGUCCCGGACCUGCUGCAGCUGGUCCUCAACCUGACGAGAAAGCUAUCCAAGUCGACGAACGGGAUAGCCAGCCACGCAUCCGAUUUGCCUCUUUCAUGACUGUUGAGGUGCGCGGCAAGGGACCGGCCAUGGUGCUGAUCAAGGCGCCGGUGUGGCUGAUAGAGUGCGAACUAAAAGGACCCCGCGAAUAA